AUGACUGACCGGUAUCAUCUCUGGGUCAACGGUCGAGAAGUGGAUGGGCGUGGUGAGCCCAUAUCGGUUGAGGACCCUGCCACGGGCGAAAUUAUAGCGAAAUGCGACUCUGCCAACGAACAAGAUGUAGACGAUGCUGUUCGCACUGCUCAUGAAGUGUUCACGUCAGGGGUUUGGUCAAAGGCAUCACGGCACGAUCGCGCACGUGUGCUCGAAGCAAUCGCAGAGAACAUGUCCCGAGAACUCCCGGAACUGAUUCAAUUAGAAGUGAAGCAAACUGGCCGUGCGAUUCGCGAGAUGAGUGCACAGAUACCAUCCUUGCUUCGCUGGUUCAAGUACUAUGCCAGUUUGCUUCUUACCGAAGAACUUCCCGUUCUGCCCACCAUGGGCAAACUACAUAACUGGCUUGAGAGAGUCCCUUUGGGUGUCGUGGUUCAAAUCACUCCCUUCAACCACCCUAUGCUCAUUGCGGUGAAGAAGCUUGCGCCUGCGCUUGCUGCUGGGAACAGUGUCGUAAUGAAGCCCAGCGAACUGACGCCCAUCACCAGCCUGCUUCUAGGGCGAAUAUUCAAAACUGCAGGUCUCCCUGAUGGUGUUGUCAACAUCUUGCCAGGGUUCGGUGUGGUUACCGGCAAAGCUCUCGUCAGCCACCCUCUCGUGAGAAAAGUAGACGUUACUGGUGGCACGACGGCUGGGCGAGCCAUCGGGUCUAUAGUCGGAGGCAAUCUUGCCCGCUAUACCGCAGAGCUUGGGGGGAAGGCUCCUUUGGUCGUGUUUGAACAAGCGAAUAUUGAUUCAGCGGUGAAUGGAAUCGCAUUUGCAUCGUUUAUUGCGACGGGUCAGACUUGCGUUGCUGCGACGCGAAUCAUUGUUCAGAACAGUGUCAUGCCCACCCUGCUUGAGAAGUUGCAACGAAAGUGCGACUACAUUCGGCGCAAUAUGGGGUCACCUUUCAAUCAAAAGUCUACCAUGGGUCCUCUUAUUUCUUCUCGGCAGUUAGACAACGUUGAGUCACUGGUCAGUGACUGCGUCAACCAGGGCACAGGUCAAAUCUUAUGGGGUGGUCAGAGGAUGACUGGAACUUCUGAGCUGGAUGACAUCGAUUUUGCAAAGGGAUACUUUUACCCUCCUACUGUUAUUGUAUCUGCUUCUGGAAAAGAUAUAACCGACGCCAGGAUAUGGCGUGAAGAAGCCUUCGGACCUGUCAUUGUGGUUGUUGGAUUCGACACCGAGGACCAGGGCGUACGUCUUGCCAAUGACAGUGAAUUCGGACUUGGGGCCGCGUUAUGGACACAAGACCUCAGUCAGGCUUUCCGAGUUUCCAAGCAAAUAGACUCCGGGAUUGUCUGGGUCAAUACGCAUCAUCGAAAUGACCCCAGUAGUCCUUGGGGUGGUGCAUCUAGUUCAAGUGGAGUUGGCAGUGAAAACGGUAUCGAUGCCUAUCAUGCUUACACGACAACAAAGAGCAUUGUUAUGAACUUUGCUUCACCUGAGGAGACGCUGGCCCAGGAUGAUUGGUUUAAAGAAGGCGCAAGUAUGGUUCGAUAUGGGUAG